AUGAAAAUCUUAAUUAUUAAUAUCUUAAUCUGCGUCAUCGAUUCAUCCUGGUGUCAAGAUGGAACAGUGUUUCACUGCUCUCCCAAGCCGGGUUGCCAGAUUGCACAAUGUGAUCCGGUUGCUGUAGGAUGGAACAGACCAAGUUUCAACAUUGAUGUACAUCUGCAUAACAAAGAGUUUCCGAUUACGUGCAAAUCUAAGAAUGCGGCGCAAUCUGGAAAUACUGCCGAUUGGCUUCCCUUGGUAUCAAGGAACAUUUUAGAUAUUGGAACUAUCAAGUCAGAACUGAAACAAUUGGAAGAUAACGUCGACGAAAACAGGAAAAACCUCGAUCAAUUUGAGAAGAGCAUGUUAGAUCAAAAAACAAACAAUGAAAUUCAGACACAAUCUAAUGAAAUUCGCAAUCUUCGUGACAAAGCACUUCUGCAAUCUGAACAAAUUAAUGAUUUAGUAAGAAGAUUUGCAAAGCAAUCUAUUGAACUGAAUGAACUUAAAAUGGAAAAUGUGGAACAAUUUACCGAAAUAUCUGAUCUGAAGAAAGAUUUAGCUGGAGUUCAAGGAAUGAAUGAAAAAUUGAUUGAUGACAACAGACAGAUGAAGAAAGCGAUAUCCCGGCUUGAACAAAAACUAGAUGUUACGGAUAAGCCUCAAAUACUUCCAAAAAUAUUCGAGCAGAUAACUAGACCUACUCCAACAACAAUGAAACCAUCUCCUGAUCCAGAAAACUGCAAAUUAAAGAUUGGAAAUAUCUGUUAUUUCGCUGUGAUACAUGAUAAACGGGAUGUCAACUACGACAAUGCAGUUGAUAUUUGUAAGAAACGUAACGCAGAUGUUGGUUUGACCUGGGAUAAAGAAUCUUACAAUGCGAUUAUGAAAUAUUUGAGUAGUAAUGUACCAACGGGAAAGACGUGGAUUAACAUAUGGACAGGAAUUAAGUUUGAUCCUAUGAUCGGUGACGUCACACCUGCAGACCCAUUCAUUGAAUGGUAUCCAAAUAAUCCAAACACGGGGAUCAAAUAUAAAGAUCGCACAAAUGUUUAUCUCUAUGUUAAAGUAGACCCGAAAUAUAAUCAAGGGAUGGUGAAUGGUCCUCCUACCUGGGAGCGUAAUGGAGUUAUUUGUGAGAUCCUGAUAUAAUGAAAUGUUUAUCUGGUUGUAUUUUGUUCCUUUAUUAUCAAUAAAAUAUAAAUCAUUGGAUCAUGAUCGAAAUUUAUACGAUCAGCCUUACCGUGAUCAAUGCCGGCAUCACAGCUAAAAUAAGGUUGAAUAAAAAAUGGUUUACUUUUUGAAAUUUUUCAGUUCUGCAAACAUUUUAUUUUAAGGUAUAUUUUAUCAAAUAAUAUUUGAUUGAGAUUUUCAUAGGAUAAUUUAAAAAAUUGUACGUUUUUGCUGAUCUUACUAUACCGAGUGGUGAAAUGUUUCAAAUUGAGUAAAGUUUGUAGAUUUAUUUGCGUAAUUUUGAAAUUUGAG